GAGCAGCAGCAGCCCCACACCACGGCCGUGCCACCCCGGCUGCUUCCCCCCGGGCAUGAGGCUGCUCCGGCGCCAUGGCGGGGGGUGGCUCUGGGGUGGCUGGAGCCCAUCCCAGACCCGUCACCGCACGCAAGCCGGAAAGCUUAAUUCACAGCCGUCGCGAGCAGGGACUGUCCAAGUGUCCCAGGGCCGGGCACCCAGCGGGAGAAGAUGCCAGGCAGGAGCGUGUGGGUGCUGCUGCUGGCGCUGGCGCUGGCGCUGCCCAGCACUGGACAGCAGUACCUGGAGGAGGCCGAGCGCAUCAUGAGCAGCACGCCGGUCAUCGAUGGGCACAACGACCUCCCCUGGCAGCUCCUCAAGAAGUUCAACAACCAGCUGCGGCUGCCAGAAGCCAACCUGACAGUGCUGAACGACACCCACACCAACAUCCCCAAACUGCGCCAGGGGCACGUGGGUGCACAGUUCUGGUCGGUGUACGUGCCCUGCGAGACGCAGAACAAGGACGCGGUGAAGCGCACGCUGGAGCAGAUGGACGUGGUGCAGCGCAUGUGUGACCUGUACCCCGAGACCUUCUCCUGCGUCACCGACCCAGACGGCAUCGAGCGGGCGUUCCAGAGCGGGAAGGUGGCCAGCCUCAUGGGGGUGGAGGGCGGCCACUCCAUCGACAGCAGCCUGGGCGUCCUGCGCACCCUCUACCGCCUGGGUGCCCGCUACAUGACCCUCACCCACAGCUGCAACACCCCCUGGGCGGACAACUGGCUGGUGGAUACCAAUGAUGAAAAACCUGUGCACCACGGCCUGUCACCAUUUGGGAAGAUCGUGGUGCAGGAGAUGAACCGCCUGGGCAUGAUAGUGGACCUGGCCCACGUCUCAGUGGACACGAUGAAGGCUGUGCUGAACAUCUCCAGAGCCCCCGUCAUCUUCAGCCACUCAUCUGCCUACGGCAUCUGCCCGCACCGCCGCAACGUGCCCGACGAUGUGCUGAGGCUGGUGAACUCUACGGGCAGCUUGGUGAUGGUCAACUUCUACAACAACUAUGUGACCUGCAGUAACAAAGCCAACCUGUCCAAUGUCGCAGACCACCUGGACUAUGUGAAGAAGGUAGCUGGUGCUAAGACUGUCGGCUUCGGUGGGGACUACGACGGGGUCACAGGGCUCCCCACUGGCCUGGAGGACGUCUCCAAGUAUCCUGCACUGGUGGCCGAGCUGCUGGCGAGGAACUGGACGGAGGAGGAGGUGAAGGGGGCCCUGGCUGAGAAUCUGCUCCGGGUCUUCAGACAAGUGGAGAGGGUGAAGACGGACCUGCAGAACACAGCUCCCUACGAGAGCCCCAUCGCCUUGGAGGAGCUGGAGGGGUCGUGCAGAACCAACUAUGGGUACUCCACGGAUGCUGGCACUGCCCAGCGCCCGUCGGCAGCCCUGGCACUGGCGCUGGUGCUGGCCCCGCUCCUCUCCGUGCUCUCCUAGAGCCCGGCUGCCACCCUGGCCCU